CAGAGGGAGGCACACAGAGGGACUUGUCCUUGUGAUUUCUGGAGAAGGAAUUUGUACACCUUGAUCCUGGAUUUUGGAUUAACCAGCUGUUACUGAUUUCUGGACAGUCCUAAGGGGAAAAAAAGGAGAAAAGAUGAGUUCGUCACCUCGUGUGAAUGGGGUGUCCAAACCAAAUGCCAAGUCAAUUUAUGAACAAAGAAAGAAAUAUUCCAAUAUUAUCAUGGCUGAUGUCUCCCAAUAUCAAGUUAACCAUUUGGUAUCGUUCGUCAUUGAUGAAGACGAUGUGCACACGGUAGAAGAUGCCAUCCGCAAACUUAAUGCCAUGGAUGCCAAAGGCAAAGUCUGGGUUCAAGAGAUGAUUUUGCAAGUUAACAACUCAACAGUGAAGCUUCUCGACAUAGAUUCCAAGGAGGACCUGGAGGAAUUUCACCUGUCUGCGAUUCAACGAUGUGACGCAGUGCUGCCGGAGAGAAGGGUGCGCAGCCUGUUAUUGCUGGUGUGCCAGGACAAAAAGCAGCUGAAUGCCGAUGUUCAUUUCUUCCAGUGUGAUGACGUGGGGGCAGAGCUGAUAAGAGAAGAUAUUAAUAGUGCAGUGUCUGAUUUCAAAACGGGCAGUAAAGCCAAAAGGCCUGAAACUCUCAGGUUUAACAAGGAAAAAAUAAGUCAACAGGCAAAAGAAGGCUUUUCUAUGAACCGACAAGGACAGUGGCAGCAACCAGUCAUUCAUUAUGUGAGCCCAGCAGCCAUUUUGGAGAAGGAACUGCAAAGGAAACCCAAGGCAAACAGCCCAGCAUUGAACCCCAAAGUUGUGAUAAAUUCAAUAUCUCACAUGCAGCAGAAAACUGAAACCCCUCAGGACUCGUUAUAUAGCCAAAUACAGCGUACAAACAAGACACCGCAAAUCCAACCGAUUUCUGGAAGUCCACAGAUGCAACAGAAGCAGACAAAUAACACAGUGGUUGAUGGACUUCUACCGCAGGAUCCAAUGGCCAUCCGAGCUGGACGAGAAGUGGAUCUGCUGAACCACUGUUUUGAUGACAUCGAAUUCUUUAUGGCAAAUCUUCAGAAAUCAGCUGAAGCUUUUAAAGUACUCAACCAACGGAAGAAAUCAAAAAGGGGCAAAAGAAAAGAAUCUGGAGAGGGACUACUGACACUUCGAGCAAAGCCUCCCUCUUUGGAAGAAUUUGAAGAUGCCACACAGAAACUGAAGUACAGCUUCUCCCUGCUGGCAAGACUUAAAAAUAACAUAAUGAAUCCCAGCGCAGUUGAACUUGUGCACUUCUUGUUUGGACCAUUAAAAACGAUGGUGGACAGUUCGGGAGGUGUGGAACUUGCUGCUGGAAUUAAAAGUCCCAUGUUAACAAAAGAAGCGGUUGCACUAUUGAACGAAUCAUUAGAUGAGAACGAAAUGGAAUUAUGGACAUCACUUGGGCCUAACUGGACAAGACCAAGGGUGGAGUUUCCUCGUGACUAUUCCGAGUCAUACGUGCCCGUUUUUAGAAGUGGGUGGGUACCUACUAAUGCCGAUGGCCAACCCUGGGAAGAUCCAAUUGAGCUGCAGCAUCGCCAUGAAGAAUUGAGAUCUCAGCAAUCAGUUCCUCAGAUUCAAAAACCUCCCGCUCUGCCUAUACUUAAUGGCCAUCAAGAAACAGACGCCAGACGUGUGAACUGCACUUAUGAUUUUGUUGCGAGAAACAACACUGAGCUGUCUGUAUUGCAGGGAGAGACCCUGGAGGUUAUCGAUGACUCCAAAAAAUGGUGGAAGGUACAGAAUCGUUUUGGGCAGAUAGGCUACGUUCCCUACAACAUUCUUGCUCCCAUCACUGAAGCAGAACUCAACAAAGCGAAUCAGAAUAACUCUCAACCAUCAACUCCAGUGAAGAAAUCCCAGCCACCUCCUACUCCUCCAAAGAAACCAGUGGCUAAGCCUGCCCAGGCCCAGUGGGACACAGUAGAUAAUACGACCCAAGAAAAGAGCAAUAAACAAGAGAAAUUUGAUAGGAUAAAUAGUAUGAAUGAAGAACUCCUUCUCAGACUUGCUCAGGGUCGCACAGCGCCGCAGAAGACACUCAGCAUACAGAGAAUGGCUGAUACUUCCAUUCCCCUGACAGAAGAAUCUAGUCCACCAGAUGUCGGAGCCUGGUUAAAGGCCAAGGGUUUCAGCACACUGACGGUAAAUUCACUGGGCGUUCUAAAUGGAGCACAGCUCUUCUCACUCAGAAAGGAUGAAUUUAAGGCCGUAAGUCCAGAAGAAGGAGCCAGGGUAUACAGCCAGGUCAUGGUGCAAAAAUCACUGCUCGAGGACUCUAGAAAGAUUUCAGAGCUUGAGGCUGUGAUGGAGCGACAAAAGAAAAAAGUGGACAGCGAAUUAGACAUUUAAUAUCUAAUCACCUGAACUUUUAACAGACUGUAUUUAAAUGACACCAAAGAAUAAUUUAAUAUAUGUACUUUAAUUAAAUAUACCAAAGCCAAAUCUAAUCAUCUCAUUUUUGGAGAAAGAUUGCUGAAGGCAUGGAGAGCGUGUGACAAGCCCAUACACACCUACAGACUAAGGACUUUUGCAAUUCUCGAAGAAGAGACUUGACAGCCGACAAUGAAAAUGUUAAUACACGAUGAACUAUGACUCCCGCAAAGCUUCUACAAUCUAAGGAUAUUCCAAAACAAGUGUUCUUCUGAAGUCUCCAAUGGCCUUUCGCUAGGUACAUUGGAAUUACAGUAUUUUACCUUUAUCCCUUCUGGGUUUAUGAAAAAUCAGAAAAUUGAAGUUUGUUUGAGCUUGCAGCUUUUAUGAAACAGAUUUAUUGAUCUUUCACUGCUAAAUUUAAUCUGUUUUGGAGGCCUGGGAAAGUGCGAUAUUUAAUGUUCUUGGAGGGGACUAUUUUUUCUUCUCUUCUUGGAGAUUCUGAGCAAUAUAUUUUUAUACAUCACUGCUUGACAGCAAGUGCCUUGAGCUGUAUUUUCAUGCCAGACAGAAGUAGUAUAUACAGAGACACUGCUUGGCAAGGAUAUUAAGUUACAGUAAAUAAUGCAUCGGCCUAAAACUCGUUCUGCAAUCGGAGAGUCGAUGGUCUUAAAUUUACUAUGUUGUUACAGGGCAGAUGAGCAACCAAUCAGAAGUUAUUCUUAUAGGACAUCGGUCCAAAUCUCUUACCUCUAUAGUAUAUAUAUUCUGCGAACAAUUUUAUUUUUCUUUUGUAUUUAAAUGUCUAUUUUGCUUUGUAUUUAAAUGCGUAAAACACAAUUAAAGGGCUCCGUUGUUGAGCUGUGUAUUCUCUAGAUUGUAUGAAAGAGGGAAAUGUUAUUGCAGCAAAUAUUUAUUGUUUAAAAUGGUGAAUGUUGUAUACAGGAGUGUCAGGUUUGGACAAAUGGACAAUCUGUGGUUUUGCAUUUGUUGAGUAAUUGCAGUUCCCGUGACAGGAGGAUAGUUGGAUUUUUAAAUUGUCUAAAUUGUUCCUGGUUGUUGAUUUGCAUACAUCAGCAUUAAUCUGAUUGGAGAAUUGGUGGCAUCAGUGGAGAAACAUCUGACAUACUCCUGACUAAAUAAUGCA